CUAACUAGUAGAUGAAUGAUGAACUUUUUUUUCUAAUGCUUGCUUUUAUGUAAAAAUAUAUCGUACCAAAAUGUACGGAGCUAUGAACCAGUCACUUACAUGUGAAGGAAACACGCACGUGAUCACAGGCGGAGAUGUUUUAAGAUGUAUUAUCAUCAUAACCAUUAUGUUGCUGAUCAUAGUCGGGAAUGUUUGCUGCCUUGUCGUGUUCAACAGUCCAAAGACGAAGAAACAGUUUAUGAAGCGAGUUAGAUACAUGAUGAACUCACUGUGUUGCACGGAUUUGAGCAUGGGAGUGCUAAUGUGUCCAUCAACAAUCUAUCCAGCUCUCAAACAUUGCUGGCCGCUCGGAGUUUUUAUGUGUAAAUUUGAAGCUCUUCUUAUCUCAGCUUUGUUUCACGAAUCAACAUUAAAUAUGGUGUUAAUAGCUGUCGAUCGUUGCUGUAUCAUACAUUGUGCAAGAUACAACAACAUUAUGACGUCAAAAAGGUUUUUGUUUGUCAUCAUAGGAACCUGGGUGACAGUAUUCACCUGUUAUGCUGUUGUUAUUUUUGGAACAGGUCAAUUUUACUACGACAACAUCGGAAUAAACUGCGAGCCGUUUUAUCUAGAGCCGAAAGUAACGCUAAACGUUCUUAGUAUAUUCUAUUUUGUACCAGCAGUUAUAUUUGUUGUCUGUUAUGGUUCGAUAUACAGGACUGCCACACAGAGAAAGGUUUUGACUGUUUCUCCUGACGAUAAGCAUGGUAAAAUGGUUAACGCUAACAUACGGACAUCGAAAUACCUGGCAGCUAUCACUGGAGGAUUCUUCCUCGCUGUCUCACCGUGGACUCUUUGUACGCUCAUUAUCGUUGCCGCUAAAGUAACGCUUCCGGAUGAAGCCGAUUUCUUUGUCACGUGGUUAGCUCUUAGCAACAGUUUCUGGAACUGCCUGAUAUAUGGACUAAUGAACAGAAAAUUUCGCCGCGCAGCAUUGAAAUUUGCAUGUGGAAAGUGGAUUAAAUCUAUUAAGGAGUCCGUGUACGUAAAGUCGCACGAUGAAAGCAGGGACUUUAGUGAAGAUUCUACAGCAUAUGCUAAUUACAAACGUAGACAAAGUAACAUGAAGAAGGCCAUGAGUAUAAAUGGUGAUGAGAACAUGUCAAUUAUAGUAACAGGAAGCAUGUUUGCCUCAAAUACACCAAACCAUUCUCCUGCAAAUAUUUCAAACAUAGCACAUACGAGAGCACAACAUAAACAAGUAACAGAACUUAUUCAAGAAACUAAAGGAAUGUGAGAUUAUUUACAAUAGUUUGUGUUAUCUGGCCUCAUUAAGCGCAGAAACACUUCACACAAUAAUGAUUUCUCAUUCAUUUUCCAAACGAUAUAAGGACUAUUUACGUUAUCUGAUUUUGAUGUUGACGUUUUAAUAACUAUGUUAUUUGAUGAUAAGUGUUAAUUGAUAUUGAUUUGUCAUACAUGUAUAACACUUACUCAUUAAAAUGUUUCAUUGCUAUAUUUCAUGUAUUCACAGUAAAUUUGAACUUUGCAUCUUUAAUAGGUCUUGGGCUGACUAAGAUAUGCGUGUCUAACUUAAGUAUUGGUAGAAAUUCAAACAUAUCAAUAUGUUAUAUUUUGGAACUGAUAAUAAUUGCAAAUAAAGUGCAUUUCCCGAGAACGGAAUUUCAAAUUAGUGCACAAAGAAAUGAUGUUAGGAUAUUGACAAUACAAGUAUAUGGCAUCUGUCUCUAUAUUUGUAAAUGACCAAACAUUAAUUCAUUACUUAAUGUCGACAUGGCAAUAGAUCUGAAACCUAAAAUGAUUAAUGAAGUUUUCAAUAGGAAGUAUGAAUGGAUACCUUUCCUUUGUGGAAGUAUUUACUUUUGUGCAUUUGUUUCACAAUAUGCAUUUACUUUGUUUGAAGUUUAAUGUUAUCAUUGUACAUUUUGCCGUUUAUGAAACACACUUAUAUGAUAUCAAAGUAAACACUAUUUCAAUGAAACAUUUUAUUAUAACUAUGACUCAUAUCAGUAACAAUUCUUAAUACAAUGUAAAAAAGUUUCUUCUGCUGUUUAUGAUUCACGGUGCACUUUGCUUUCGUUUGUUUUAUAUGCCGAUGUUUAUAUACGCUACAUACAUAAAUGCACAAUAAUGACACUAUUAAUCGUUUAGUCAUUUUUUCUGUAAUAUUUGAUUUUCUUUUUGAUUUUUUGAAAUGACUUGGUUUCUUACAUUAUUUUCUGUGUCUAACAAAACUAUUUAGUUCGUUACAGAAAGAAGCAAAUGUAUGUAACUCGCAAACUCCCGCUUAGAAACGAAAGUCACAACGAUUUAGACCACUGAGCCAAUUAAGCACAGAAUCGACUUCCUGAAGCAAGUGUCAGAGGUGAUACUUACAAUUUUGACAGUUACUGUGCAGUCAGCAGUAACAAUUUAAGUGUUUUUUUUUCCAAUUUCUAUGUGUUUCUUAGUUUACGAUUAUUGCAAUAAUACAAAAAAUGUAUAUAAAUUGUAUUAUAUAUGUAAAAUAUAUGUUUUGACCAUAUUUAAGUUUUGUAUAUGGCCAAAGACAUUGUAGGUAAUUCAGAUUUGUCCAUUUAUAAAAUGGAAUAUACAAACAUCUUAAAUCCAGGAUUAUAAAA